GGCUUCCGAUCACUUCUCAUUUCCUCCAGCAGGGGGACCGAGCAGAGGAAAAUCCGGGGAGGGCAGAGAAGAAGGAAUCCGGGGAUCUGACUCAGCGCAGCGGCUUCUUCUCUCUGCUGCUCCCCCUCGUCUCGUCUCAACUUCCGUGGAUCCGCUUCACACUCAGCCCACUUUCAACACGGAGCAGGAAACAUGGACGUGUUCACAUCACGAUAGCGAAACAUCUGCGGAGGAGGAAGACGAGUGAGACGCAGAGGAGAAGAGGAAAAGAGGAUCUGAGCUCACCACGACCCUGCGUUGAAUCAACCUGAGGCUUCAUGUCGGUCCGAGUUCCAUCCUUGAGCGUUCUUCCUCCUGUUCGCAGGGACCGGAUCAUCGUUCAGCUUCCUAAGUAUUUCAGGAGAGAAGCCGCCGUCCACACUAAAGAUGAAUUCAACAAUAAAGUGAAGACGGCCUGCCAGCAGCAGCGCACCGGCACCGUGGGCAGAUUUAAAAUCUCUAAGGUCAUUGUCGUGGGCGACCUGGCUGUGGGGAAAACCUGUCUGAUUAAUAGAUUUUGCAAAGAUGCGUUCGAUAAGAACUACAAGGCCACGAUCGGAGUGGACUUUGAGAUGGAGCGGUUCGAGGUGAUGGGCGUUCCUUUCAGCCUGCAGCUGUGGGACACUGCAGGCCAAGAGAGGUUCAAGUGCAUUGCUUCCACAUACUACAGAGGAGCCCAGGUUGUGAUCAUCGCGUUUGAUGUGAACGAUGUCGCCUCUUUGGGUCACGUCAGGCAGUGGCUGGAAGACGCCUUGAGAGAGAACGACCCCACCGCCGUCCAGCUGUUCCUGGUCGGCACAAAGAAAGACCUGAGCUCUCCUGCUCAGUAUUCUCAGAUCGAGCAAGACGCUCUCGAACUGGCACAAGAGAUCAGUGCAGAGUACUGGGCUGUUUCAUCACUCACAGGGGAAAACGUGAAUGAGUUUUUCUUCCGAGUUGCAUCGUUGGCAUUCGAGACCAACGUUCUGGCCGAGUUGGAGAAAAGUGGAUCAAGACAAAUUGGAGACGUCGUCAGAAUCAACAGCCCGUCAAACAGUGUGAACGCUACAUCGAAGAAGAAAGGGCCCAACUGCUGUCAGUGAGGAAGGGAGCCGGAGUUUCAAAGUCAGCCUGAAAAAGACUGUGGCUGCUCUCCAGCUCAUGGGAGGGGUUUCUGUGGUGAAAGGAGGAGGUGGGACGCUGGAGUUUCACUUCCUGACAUGGUGGAGUUCAGUUUUUUCCUGGAGUGCCACGACUUUUCCUCGGCGGGGAUGUGGAUUCUUGUGGAGUCACAGAGCGACACAUAAAUGACUGGUUCUGCCGAGAUGCCAAAGAAUGACUGUGGUUGAUUUUAACAUGUGGAUGCUUACGUUACGUAGUGCUUGAAUUAAAUAUAUCCUUUUGCUGCUGUACUAUCAUAUUAAAACUGCUGUUUACUUUAGACAUGUUUUUAAUGAAAUCGGUACUUUGCCUCUUUUAUAAAAUUGUAAAUUAGAGCUUCAAUUCAAGAAAACACUAACAGUGUUUCUACAGAUGUAUCUGUAGACGUAGCUUGAGAACCAUUGUUGUAAUGCAGAUGCAGCCUUGAAGAUUUUUAAGUGCAGCGUAUGCUUCAUAGGCACUUUUUGCUUUUUGUUGUCAAUGAAAUCAAUGACUGAAUAUCGAUGACCAUUUUUGUAUCAUAAACUGAGAAACUGUUCAUGUUUAACCAUUUAUUUUCUUUAAAAAAAUCCUCAUUAAAUGUCAUAUAAAGGUAUUAAAAAGGGAAAAUAAAUCAAAUCAUCACCAUCAAAGAGAAUAACGUGUAUUCUGAUUAAAACUGUUAUUUACUAAA